ACGCAAUCGGCGGAGCGCGACCUGGAGGACAAGAUGCGGUUGGCGCGCAGCUACCAGGACAAGGUCGACGGUCCCGUCAACCCGCUGACCACCGACAGCCUGCGCCAGAUCUCCAAGAUCACCGGCCAGGGCGGCGGUGCCAGGAGUGCGACGAGGUCCCGUGGCGACAGCGGGUAUGCGCCUACCAACAGGAACAGCAUCGACAUGAUGGACGACAUGCGGAUCCUCGUCAAGGGCACGGCGACGCUGACGAUCGGCGAUGCCCAGAUGGACGUCAAGGACGGCGCCGAGAUUCGCAUCCCGACCAGCGUCGGCGGGGACAGGAACUCGCGCGGGGGCAGCGAUCAGGGCUCUUCGUACGCAGACGAGCGGGAGCGAGAGCGGGACCGCGACUCUCGGCGCCCUGAAGAAGGAGGACGACGGACGAGGCACGAGCGCGAACGCCUUGGCGGCGGCGGCGGUGGAGGAACGACGACGGCCACACAGCACGCUCGGGACAGGCGCGCGACCUCGAGGGCUGGUUCGCACUCGCGUGGGUACGGGCACGGGCACGGGCAGGCCAUACCGGCUUCGCCUUACCCGCUGGAGUAUGGUGGCGGGAGCCUGGGAUCCCACUAUUACCACUCGCAGCCGCCGUUGGCGUAUGCGCCAUAUGGGUCUCACGGUUUUCCGUACCCGAGCUAGUUGUGGUGUGUGAGGUAGAAGAGGAGGAGGAGCAGAAGAGCAGGCGGAGAUGCGUGCGGGUGUGAAUGAUUUCAUUUAUGAUGGUAUGACGAACGAACGAACCGACGAGCGAAGCACAGCUAAUGAUGAUGAUGAUCUCUCUUCUCUUUCUUCUUCUUCUUUUUGAGCCCAGAUUUUCUGAGUUUGUUCUUCUUCGCAUCAUGAGCUAUUGGAUGAUUGCAGGCGAGCGAGCGAGCUAUAUUUUGCGUUUGUUUCUUUUUUUCCUUUUCCUCUUCUGUCCUUCUCAAUCUUCAUGACACGGCGAUUCAAGUUUUGGAUACCUCAAUUGCUUUCCCCUGUCUUUUUUUCCCAUUAUGUGCGACGUUGUUCAGGCAACGAAUUGAGUUAGGUGGGAGGGACGAACAAAAGCCUUCUACGUUUUAUGAGGCUAUAGCAGGAAUGGGGCUGUUAUAAUGAGUUGAUGUUUCUUCUUUUGCUACUCCUUCUCCUUCUGCUGUUUUCCAUUUCUCCCUUUGGCUUGUGCGAUGGUGUUCCUUUCUGGCAUUGGUACGCAAUCGCAUGGCGUAGGGAAAAGACAAAAGAAGGAUUUUGGAUAUUUUUCUCUCUUUCUUUUUCAGGCCGGCCUAGGGAUAUUGGGAAAUUCUUUGGAUACCAGAGGAGAUGCUGUUAUCUGUAAUAGUCUUGUCAUAUUGAUGUUAUCUUGAGUGGUGGUUUUCAUUUUGAUAUAUACCACUCUGCUCAAACUUGGGGCUGGCUUUCGGGGCAGGGCGCGAGAGAAUACUUUCUCUGUACUCUCGAUGUACAGAGCACAUUCUAGUCAAGGAACAGACAAAAUUUUAUUCCAUUCACAUGCUGUGUAC